AUGUCUCGGUCAUUUAUAGCAUCCUGCGCAGUUGCGAUAGCCUUGUCCAUUGGCGCUCACGCCCAAGCUCCGUUGUAUGCCCAGUGCGGAGGUCAGGGCUACUCCGGUCCCACUUCCUGCGUCUCAGGGGCCGUAUGCACAGCUUGGAACGAUUGGUACCACCAAUGCGUUCCUGGAACAAGCACGAUGCAGUCAUCGACAGCUACUGCUGCACCAGUCUCUACUACCUCAGCUGCACCAUCCCCGAGUCCCUCAGCAACUGGGCUAAGGUACUUCAUUACAUUCGGUGAUUCCUACUCACAAACCGGAUUCGACGUUUCAGGCACCAAGCCCUCAGAGUCGAAUCCCCUCGGAAACCCCACGCUGCCAGGAUGGACAUCGAGCGGAGGGUUGAACUGGAUCGGCGCCCUCAUCUCCAAGUACAAUACUUCCACUGUUCUUUCAUACAAUUUCGCUUACGGAGGAGCCACGACCAACGCGAGUAUCGUGAAGCCCUAUGCACCGACCGUCCGGAGCUUCAUCGACCAGGUUGCUGAAUUCAGUAGCAGCAUCGCUACAAAGCCAUCCUAUGCCCCGUGGACGGCCGAGAACUCGCUCGUUGGCGUUUGGAUGGGUGUUAAUGACGUUGGCAACACCUAA